CGGAGCAUGUGUGUCUUGCUGCCAGUUUUCGGGAGCACUUGGCUGUUCGGAGUGUUCGCUGUCAUCAGAGAAACUGUCGUGUUUCAAUACCUCUUUGUCAUAUUCAACAAUCUACAGGGAGCCCUUAUCUUUAUAGUUCAGUGCAUACUGGAUAGGAAAGUGCAGGACGCGUUCAAAACCAGGCGUACGAGGUGGCUUUCAUCAAAGGUGGAACCGAAUGCUUCUGAAAUGAAAUUGAUGUCCUCGGCUGUUACAAAAUCGAGAAUAGUGUCUUCCAAAUCAACUGCAUAACUGCCGACUUCAAAUCUGUUGACCAACUUUUGAGCUCAAAGACAUUCUUCGGUUAGUUUAAGCGAAUACAGUCCGUGUUUAUUUGACAUUGUUACUUCGAUUAUAGUGCGUUGUUUGAGUAUAGAUAUUAAUUAUUUUAUAGUAUAGUACAACAACAAAAAGUGCCAGCGCGCAUUACCUCAUUUAAUGGAACUUAAUCAUGACUAAAAAGGAGCUUAUUUUUCGUUGAAGGCUUUCUAAAUGAUAACAUGAGAAACCGUCUGGCGAUCCAACUGAUCGAGGCAGCAGGAUCAUAAACGCCAAAUCAUUCAAUUUAAAAUCACACUUUUGUUGUUAUAAUGCCUUAAAAUAAACGCUGAACUACUUGUAAUUAAAACAGUAUACAUUGUUGUGUCUAAUAUAUGUCUUAGUAGCCAUUCUAUUCAUAAGUCGUUUUUUGUUGUUAUAAUGCCUUAUAAUCAACGUUGAACUAAAUGUAAUUACAACAUUAUUCAUGUUUGUUUUUAAUAUAAGUUUUAGUAGCCAUUAUAUUCAUAAGUCGUAUCUUACAUCAAGAAAGGGUCACUUUCAUAUUUUCUCUUCCUCUUUCAUGUCAGCUUCUAAUCUUCGCAACUCUUACCUAAAUUUCCAAUAAUCCAAAAGAUGAAAUAAGUACCCGUAUGGAUCUCCUUUUAUUGUGAUCACACAAUCACUUUCCUUGUUGAAUACCGUCGUCCCUAACCUUGUCUUGUGGCAAUAUUUAUAUCCAAAUUAUUUUUUCUGAGGUGGGAUAAAAAGCAUCCAUCAUAGCCGCUCGUGUAAGAUUCAUCUCAACCCUCGCGCAGGGUGUUUUGCAGAAACUCGGUAAACCUCGUUACCACUUAAAAUUCUACGCUUUAGUUGGGGUGAACCUAUCUCCCACCUCAUAUAAGUAGAUCCAAAAUUUAAUCAUGCUAGAAAUUUAAAAAAAUCAACAAGUACCCGUAUGGAACUCCUUUUUAAUGGUCAUCACAUUGUAAUUACCUCCCUUGUUGAAGACUCUAGUCUGGAGCAUCAUAGUAACCUUUUCUUCUGGCAAUAUUUUGAAUGUUUAUUCAUUAAAUGGCACCAUCAUUACGUUUCACGCACCAUUCAUGAAAAGAUGCUGCACUCACCUCAGAACUAUUUAAAGACCGAUUAAACAUACUAGUCUGAAUUCAUGACACCCAUAAGUUAUCACAUAUCUAUACGCAUUUUUUUCACUACCCACAGAAGAGUUUCAGCAAAAAUACAUUUUUACUUUAUUUUGUUUAACUGAAGGGAGAAACAGCAUCUACCAUAGCCGCUCGUGC